UUUUCGCUUGCGCAGUUCUAACUUGGACGUUUCACCGCUAUAGCGUGUUUUCAUACCACCUUCUUUAAACUGAUACAAAUUUAUUCUUAAAUUAUAUAUAAUUUUAUAAAAAUUUAAAAAAAUGCAUAAGAAUCAGCAUAACGAAAUGCCUCAAGACCCUAUUUCGCAACAACUUCCCAACUACAGCAGAAAUGUACAGGGCGAGGGCACGGUGAUCAGGUCGGGCGACGGCCGGCGCGUGGACAGCAUGGUCGCCACGGAGACGGUGGGCCCGGGCGGACCGGUGCUGAUCCAGGACGGCGACUACCUCAGCGCCAUGCAGCGCUUCGACCGCGAGCGCAUCCCGGAGCGCGUGGUGCACGCCAAGGGGGCAGGUGCGUUCGGCUACUUCGAAGUGACGCACGACGUAACCCGGUACUCCAUGGCGUGCGUGUUCUCCAAGGUUGGCAAGAAGACGCCCAUCGCCGUGCGGUUCUCUUCGGUCACGGUUGACGCCGGCGCGGCGGACACUGUCAGAGACCCACGGGGAUUUGCUGUUAAGUUCUACACUGAAGAUGGAAACUGGGACUUGGUGGGCAACAACACACCGAUAUUCUUCAUUAGGGAUCCGAUUCUAUUCCCUUUGUUCAUACACUCCCAGAAACGGAACCCUGUAACGCACAUAAAGGACCGGAACAUGUUCUGGGACUUCGCGACGCUGCGUCCCGAGACGACGCACCAGAUGAUGAUCCUCUUCAGCGACCGGGGCAUCCCGGACGGCUUCCGGCACAUGAACGGCUACGGCUCCCACACGUUCAAGCUCGUCAAUGAGAUGAACGAGGUGGUCUACUGCAAGUUCCACUACAAGACGGACCAAGGCAUCAAGAAUCUCAGCCCCGAAGACGCUGAAAAGUUGGCAGGCAGCGAGCCGGACUAUGCCCUGAGAGAUCUCUACAAUGCCAUCGCGGGAAAAAAUUUCCCCACUUGGACCUUUUACAUUCAAGUGAUGACUCUCGAACGAGCUUCGAAAUUCCGUUGGGACCCUCUCGACGUCACGAAGGUGUGGCCGAAUGUAGAGUACCCACUCAUGCCUGUGGGAAAACUCGUGCUGAACCUUAACCCCAAGAACUAUUUCACCGAUGUGGAGCAAGUGUCCUUCAACCCAGCGAGCCUUAUCCCGGGGAUCGAGACAAGUUUUGAUAGAAUGCUCCAGGGCCGGCUGUUCGCGUACUCGGACACGGCGCUGCACCGCCUGGGCCCCAACUACCAGCAGAUCCCCGUGAACUGCCCGUACCGUGUCAGGGUGGCCAACUACGAGCGAGACGGCGCCAUGAACACGACCGACAACCAGGACGGGGCGCCCAACUACUACCCCAACUCCUUCCGGGGCCUCCGGCCGGACCCGAGCGCCGCCAGGUCCCGAUCCUCCGUCUCCGGGGAGAUCGCCAAGUACGAUUCAAAAGAUCAAGAUGAUUUCAGCCAGCCAGCGUUAUUUUGGAAUAACGUCUUGGACGACGAGGCACGGAACAGAUUGGCAAAGAACAUUGGCACUCAUCUCUCACCUGCAACUCCUGCCAUAAAGGAAAGGGCUGUCAAGAUGUUUUCGAAAGUCAAUGAAGAGUUUGGAGUGAAAAUAGCUGCAGCUAUGAAUAUGCAAGCAAAAUCAUGCCUUUAGUGUUCACUUUGUAUUCUUUCACUUUUAAUAUUUACAUGAAAACUUGUUUUAAUUAUUAUUACACUCAUUAUUAUGAUGUAUCAGUGUUAAAUUGUUAGUGAAAGGAAUUUCUCGGGAGUAAUUUUUAUAAUUAUAUUUUUUAUUGAAUUAACUGUGAAUAUAUUAUAUAAUAAAUAGUUAAAGUGAUGGCUAUAAAUAUUAUUAGUUUUAUCUACAAUUUUUGGUGGUUGUUAUCAUUUACAUGCAUUUAGUUAUUAAGUUCUAAGUUACAAUAAUGAGUAUUGCACCCACUAGUUAUGAUAGAUUGUUUUGUAAAAUUGUGCAACUCUCGUCAAAAUAUUUUUGUAUAAUGUAAUUUGAAUGUUUGUUGCAUGUUAGUGAAAAGGAACUAAAAAAAAAAAUUAAUAUUUUAAGAAAUCAUAUAAACAUGUAAUCAAUUAUUAAUGAACAUACACUCCUCAAAUCAUGUAAUAUUUUUACUGCAAAAUAAAUUUUAAAAAAUGUUUAAUCAGUUAUGUAUUAUCUGUGAUUUAAAGAGAAAAAAGUAACUAUUUUCUGCUUGGAAGGAAAUUGUGACAAAAAACGUGCUUGAUUUUGAUAAGAUAAUAACAAUAAUGUUAAUUGAAAUUAAGAACCGUACAUACCUUAAUAUAGUGAUAUGAUUUUUUUUUUUUUUUUUUCACAAAAACUGUAGAAACUGAAAGAGGGGGUCGCAUCAUAAUUGCAAACCUGUGUCGUGCCGCUGGGAACGGCUUAGUUGAAGAACUACACCACGCUCUGCCUCUUAAAUGUGUCGAUGCGUCACUUAUGCCACUCUAGUCCGGAGCUUCCUGGACCUCUGCAUGGGCGUGACAGAUGAGUGAUGCAGGAUGAAGGGGAGGGUGCAGAUGGAGUUUGUCACUUUGUUCUCUCUGAUUCUCAUCGCGGGCUUUUGGCCACCCCCCCUCCCCUUAAUCAACCUCUUAGGCAACCACAGUAUCACCAGAAAAUCUGAUGGACUAGUUGAUGCCUACUCUGAUAGGGGAAGUGUGGUAGAACAUCGCUUAUGAUUUUGAUUAUAUGUAUGUGGAAUUUUUCCUAAAUGUAUGGAAGCUAUGGAUGGAAAACAUAUUACUAUUCAGGCUCCUGUGAACACCGGAUCAGUGUUCUUUAAUUACAAAAAUAUAUUAUUUAUAGUUUUCUUGGGUAAUGUAGAUGCUCAUGUAACUUUCUUACUAUGAAUGUAGAGGCAUCAGCUAGAGUAAUGAUGAGGGAUUUUUGGCAAAUUCAAAUUUAGGCAAAGCACUUCAGUGUGGCUCAUUGAAUGCUCCAGCAACUCUGCCGUACCAAGCAGAUACUCAACUUCAAUAUGUUAUUAGAGAGGCAUUUCCUUUUAGAACUACAGUCAUAAAACACAAUUUGUUUCCUCCAACUGCAAUGUCUUUGACGUCAACCGGGCCCAGGAGCCUGGUCAGCCUCCGCCACCUUUCCCCUCGCCCCCCGUCCCACUUCCCGUACUGGCGGCCGCUCCGUCUUGAGUACGUCGUCGGGUGGUUGAGUUUGAACAGCGCGCCACGAACUACCUCGAGGGCGCUGUAGCAGCAGUGCAUCACACCCCUUUAAGUAGAGAUAAACAUUGUAAUUCUUUUUUGCUUAUUUUCCCCCAAGUGGAGUGUGACGGCAGAUUGGCCGGGAGUGUUUUAUGUACUUUAAGUAAUUAAUAUUUAGUUAAGGCAUAAACUACGAAAAGACGUACAGAACAUGCACGAGGCGAACCGAAGUCCGCUGAAGCCGGACUGUUCAUCAUUGAUAACAAAUUGUUGUAAUUUCAGUUAAUAGUUUUUAUUGUGCAUUAGGUGUAAUAUAAUUAUUAAGGGUGUUUCAUGUUUUACCUGCAGCUACCUGUGGCACGUAAUCGUAAAUAGGUAUAACGGUAAUCGGUUUGGCACGAAGACGCCAUGUUAGGAUGGCAGAGCCCUGAGCUCACCCCAGUCCUUCGCCAGCACCGACCGAGAGCAGACGCAUCAGCACCCCGGGGACCUCACCGCUUGCCAGCACUGCUAAGUAAUUCCGUUAAAUCUUAAUCAUCUUAAAUCUUUCGUUCGUAAAUCCUCGGGGCUUCUCUCGGUCGGGGGGACUGUUUAAAUACAUAGUUGUAUGAGUGGCCACUAUGGUCCUUUUUAUGCUUAUUACCUAAUUGUAGAGUGUGACCACAUGGUCAGGUCGCACCACGUGAACCGAUUUGUGCCGCAGGCGUUGUGUGAUAUAAUCAAAGGUGUAGGCGAAGUAGCAACUAAUAAACCAGGGCAUACGA